AUGGUGAAACAACAUGUGAGAUAUAAAAUUGGUGAUGGCAGGAGUAUUUCCAUAUGGUAUGAUAUUUGGUGCCCUGAAGGUCCUUUGAGUAAAUUCAUUUCCAAAAGAGUUCUUUAUGAUGCCAGAAUGGAUGUGGAUGCAAGUUUAAGUUCUAUGAUUCAGGAAGGUAGAUGGAUGUGGCCUGAUGGUUGGGAGGAAAGGUUUAAUUUUUUGGAGAGAUUUUAUGUUCCUAAUCUGCAGAAUGGUGUGAAAGAUGAAAUUACAUGGAUUACCAAAGAGAAACAACUUGUGGCUUUUUCUACUGCACAGGCUUGGAAAGAUAUUAGAAUCAACUGGCCAAAAGUUGUAUGGAGAGAUGUGAUUUGGUUUAAACAAUGUGACCCAAGGCAUGCUUUCAUCCUAUGGAUUGCAAUCCAGGAGAAAUUGAUGACCCUAGAUAGAAUUGCUAAAUGGAAACAUAGUGAUAACCUUCAAUGUGGACUCUGCAAGGAUGGUAAGGAAUGCCAUGAUCAUCUGUUUUUCAAUUGCAAGUAUGCUGCAAAGAUUUGGACCAGUUUAAGAAGCUGUUUUUGGAGAAUGAAAGAGGAAAAGUCACUAAAGGAAAUUAUUCAGUUAAAUGCAGGGUUUAGAGGUAAAAACAAUAUUGGUAUUGUAGUUAACAAACUCUUAAUUGCUGCUGCAGUCUACUAUAUUUGGCAAGAAAGGAAUUGCAUAAUUUUUCAAAUGAAGGAAAGGAGUGAAGAGGUUGUGUGCAGUUUAAUGAAAGAUAGUAUAAGAAAUAAGCUCCUCUCCUUAAGAAUAAGAAAGACCAAAAUUGUGAUAAAUGUAGGUGAGCAAUGGAAUUUGAGGUGGGUCAAUUUCAGCUAUGUAGCUGCAUGA